CAAACCUCAAAACUGAACACUGAAACCUGAAGAAACAGCAGGCGGCAGAAAUGGAGUCAAAACAAUCAGACCAGGCAAAAGAAGAAAUAUUUCGACUCUUUGAUGAAAAACCCACUUCAGGAUUGGGCUUUCUUGACGCUGAAAGAUCCCUCCCACCUCCUCCUCCUCCUUGCCUUGAAGUUCUCGCCUCAGAGGUUUCACCAAGUGCCAAGUACACCGUGGAGCCUGUGAACAUUGGUGGGCUCACACUGUUCAAGGGGAGGGUGAGCACUCAGGAGGUAUUCACAUUGACCAAUUCCGAUCUGGUACCUGGUAAAUAUGAAGGAGGAUUGAAACUAUGGGAGGGGUCGCUAGAUUUAAUUACAACCCUUAGCUCUGAGAUGCAAGAUGGGAGGUUGUCAUUCACCGGAAAGCGAGUUCUAGAGCUGGGAUGUGGUCAUGGACUUCCUGGUAUAUUUGCUUGCCUAAAGGGUGCAUCGCUCGUGCAUUUCCAGGAUUUCAACUCAGAAGUCCUGCAAUACCUCACUAUUCCCAAUGUUGCUGUUAAUAUUGAAAAGAACUCUCAGUGCUUGGGUCCAGAUGUUGAGGAGGGCCCCGUUAACACUGAGACUCGCUUUUUCUCCGGUGACUGGGGUGAAGUGCAUCAUGUUCUCUCUUGUGUAUGUAGCAAUGAAUACAACAUUAGAAGCCGUCCGCAGCUGGAUCAGGCUGCUGGUUAUGAUGUCAUUCUCAUGGCAGAAACAGUUUACUCAAUUUCUGCACUGCCCAAUCUGUACAAACUUAUAAAAAAGUGCCUGAGUUAUCCCCAUGGAGUUGUGUACAUGGCAGCAAAGAAGUACUAUUUUGGGGUGGGAGGAGGAUCAAGGCGGUUUCUAGCUCUUGUUGAAAAAGAUGGUGCUUUCGUUUCAUCUUUGGUUGCGGAGGUUGCAGAUGGUUCGUCCAAUGUUCGAGAGGUAUGGAAGCUUCAUCUCAAGUGAUUUUCCAAUGUCGAGCAGCAUAAUGUUUUGCAGGCUUCAAGUAUACUGUAAUAUGUGCCUGAGGGGCAUUCUCACUGUUGCAACUCCAUUCCGAACGAGUUUUUGUUAAACUAGUUGUUGUAUUUGUCCAUCGGGCGUGUUUGUUGGUGUUUCAAAGCUGUCUUCUAUAUCACUUGCAUGCUGACAUUGGUUAUAUUAGUUCCAGGUUUUUGCAA